UGCGCUUCGCAUCUCCCCCAGGCUCCGCCUUCCCCCUCCCUCCGCCAUUCGUCGCCCUUCUCGCUGAGUUUGCGCGGAGUAGGCCUUUUUUUUUUUUUGCUUUUUUUUUUUUUCCCCUUUUUUUUUUUUUUUUCCCCUUUCCCUCAGCGCGUCUCGGCUUCCCCACCAUUUUGUGCCGCGAUCACAAGGUUAGCUGUGGGAGCGCGCCGUAACCUCCCUCGCGUUCGGGCUCGCAACGGGACCUCGAAGGGGCCUUGAUGGCGGAGAGUCAAUCAGCGGCCGGGCUGGGGGAGCUGACAUCCCCCGGAGGGGCCGCAGCGCUCGGCUCGGAACCCGAAACCCGGCGGCUGAGCGAGCUGCGGGUCAUCGAUCUGCGGGCAGAGCUGAAGCGCCGCAACCUGGACACGGGCGGCAACAAGAGCGUGCUGAUGGAGCGGCUGAGGAAGGCUAUUGAGGACGAAGGAGGAGAUCCGGAUGAAAUUCCCAUGGCUUCAGAACUGACCAACAAGAGGCUGUCAAAAAGAAUGAGCAAAGGUAGAAAAUCAGAAGAGGAAGGGUUGGAAGACAAUGGGCUGGAAGAAAACUCCAGAGAUGGGCAGGAGGAUAUUGAAGCAAGCCUGGAUACCUUACAAGACAUCGACAUGAUGGAUAUUAGUGUGUUAGAUGAGGCUGAAAUAGACAACAGCAGUGCUGUGGACUGUGGAGAAGACUAUAGUCCUGAUAACAUUCUGGAUUCACUGUCUGAUAAUAAAGACAAUGUUGAUGCUGAAAUGAAAGAACUUCCAGAUCAGCUAACAGAAAACGAGGAAGAUUAUGAUGAAAUUGAAAACAAUGUAGAUUCCUCUUCUGAUUUAAUUGAAAUGAAGAAAAUGGAGAAACUACACUUGGAGCCAGGUACUGUUAAAGAAAAGCAUAUUCCUGUCUUUUCAACUAAUGCUUUUUAAACCAUUAACUGUUUAAAACAAACAAACAAACAUAGAGUUUGCGUUAUUCUUAUGAUGGACAACCCAGAUCGUGCAGGGUCAUAGAGAUUGGAAACCCAAUCAUAUCCCCAGAUCUGUCAAGUGAUGCUUGUCAUCUCUGAAAUAUUUUCAGUGAUAUGAAAUGGUUUAAAAACCUGUUAAGCUACAUAGAUGGAUGUAGAGAAGGUAAUGACAGUUUAAGAGCUAAGCAAUCUGCCUCUAAACAGAUCUUGUGAUAUCGCACACACCUUAACUCCUUAGCGAGUAGGGAGCAGUGACAGCAGUAAAAAGACAUUGUAGGGCAUUAGAAUGUAAAGCUUAGUUACUGGAUACAGAAGAAAGAAGAGAGUUUCUUCAUGGAAAUUUCAUACAGAUACUUUUCACUUUGUGGACUGCAAACACACUCAUGCACCAUCAGAAGAAGCCCAGGUUUCAUGUUGGACUGUCUGCUAAAAGAAUGUCACAGAGAUUUAAAAAUUGAACCCUCAGUGCUUUGCUAUGUUCAGUUAAGCGUCUCGGACUGUGGAAGCUAACUAGAGAAGAAACAGCUGAACGAUUUCGUGAAGAAUAUCAAGGAUGAGCCAGAAGGUUUUGUUAAAUCUGUGGGGGAUUUUUCUUCCCUGUUAACGUGUGAGGGCUGAUGCA